AGACUACAGAAACAGCACAAGGACUAAGGACAGGAUCUCCUUGCUAAACGACCCUGGUGGACAGACGUAACGAGCUACCCUACAGGCGCAAGUGGAGGGGGUGAGGAUUUUGCUGUGCCAGACAGUAAGUGAAACUACUGAGUUUCGCUUUUGCCUUUUGAGUAAUCGCAGUAUCUAGUGUCACAUUCACGUAAGAUUAAGAUAAGUAACGAAGUUUACCAACAUCUCUUCCACGACUAUGAGUAUGAAGCAUACGUCAUGCAGCCUGGAAAUAAUGAGCGCCAGCACCGUGUAGCGAUAUUUUCCGUCCCACGUCCAGGCCUGUCGCGGUUCCUCGUCGCGAAGGCGCAGAAGACUUUGGCGUAUGCCUUGGUGUUGUCUUUGGCUUGGAGCAUUACGGCUACAAUCAACCCGUGGUCGACUACUUUCCUGGAGACGCUCCGCACACGGGAUUCCUUCUAUCUCGGUACGAACACGAAGGGCAAUCAGGGUCAGGUCUCGAGCGGUGCUUUGCUGGCCUCUACCUGUAGGGAUCCUAACGCGCAAGUUGCGAUUACUGAGCGUGAUAAAUUGGCGGACGGGGACUGUGGUGCUGUCUUUACUGAAGGUGGCGACGAAGAAAGAGAAAACUUGACUGAUGCCGUUACAAAUCUGAGGAAAAACAUCAAGAUGGAUAGUGCUCUGCCUGCUCAUCUUGAUCUUGCACAGUCGAUGGUGGAAGCGGUCAGCUGGAAGGUCGCCCUUUUUGGCUUUCUUCUACGCCUGUGCGGGCUCUUGACGACUCUGGGCUUGGUUGCAUAUUAUUGCAGGUCGUGGAGGAAGAGCGUCCGGGGCUCUUCACCAAACAACGGCUAUCAAGACGUUUUUCAUCCUCGGAGUACAGAGACAGAGCUGCAGGAAAAUGUGCAAGUGGAGCACAUAGUUCGCGGAAAACAGUUGAUCAUGGCUGACGAAUUUGAGACUGGCGCGAACGAUUACUUUGCGCUCGAUGUGUUCAAGCCGAAAACUCUCGCAAGGGGGCUCGGAAAUCGACAGGACAAGAACAUAGACGGGGCAAGGGCCAAUCUUGUACUUUCACGGCCAGAAGAACCAGGCGGCGGCUCUCGUCGUACCACGACCAAGGGGCAACAAGUGGAAGAGGCAUUACUAGAGCAAGAGGAGGACAAAACCCGCCCGGGCAAGGUGAUUCUGUUCGUCGGUGGGGGGUGUUUCUUGAGCCGCCAAGGACUCCUAGGUCUUUUGCUGUACCGGCACAAUUCGCAAAUUGCGCGCAAUCUCGCCGCAGGUCAAAACUGUCCCGUCGUUCAGAUAUUCGGCGGAGCCCCCCUGCGUAGCACCUGCAUUUUUGAUUUGGCAUUCGUCAUUCUUUGGUAUCCAGUGAGCGCCUUUCUGUGGAUCUGGUUCGGAGCAACUUCGGCUGGUUUUGUCACCACAAAACUUCUUCCAGCGCUAGCGGCGACCUUUUACAUCCUUCUGAAGUCCGCCGGUGUGCGCGACCUCGUCAGCAGUGCCACAUUUGCCAUCGUCGUCUCCAAUCUCUUCGCGUCUACCUGGCUACCGGCACCUUUCCUGUCGAUUCUGUGGUUUCAACUCUGGAGCCCUCCGCGCAUUCCUCCUAGUGAUGCGACGCUCUGCAUCACGACUGCCCUGCGAUGGAUUCACACCAACCGAGCGACGCUCCUCUCGCAACACGUGUCGAAAGGUAAUAUCCUUCCAAAUCACAGUCCGCACGAGGAGAGGAUACACAUGCAGCCGCCGAGUGAUGUUCGUCCCGAGAAUCUUUCCAGAAGCCCCCGAGUUCACUUGUACGGAUACUUACUCACGGAACGCCGGGCCACUUCAGCUCGUCUGAGAUCCCAAAAAGAUCCUAUCAAGAUCCUGGCCGCUGGGCUACUUCGGCGCCCCGAAAUUACGAAUCAGGCCCAAUGUUUUGGCCUUCGCUUUGCCUCCUUUGUAUAGCAAAUUUGCGCGGUCUUUUCUGGGCGUGUCGCAUAGCUGCCGAGCCUAUCCCGAGGGCCGCCCUGUUUGGGAAGCGCGAUUUUUUUUCCUGUUGCGGGGGUAUGUCGGUAUUUUACGGCCACGCAAAACUUGGCGCGGGCCAGCCGUCAGGGAACGCGCCGCCCGCCGCGGCCAGCGUGUCCUUUUGCCCCCCCUUCUGGUGUGCUUCUGUAGUUUUUUCGCGGUAGUCUUGGACAUUGGAAAGGGGGUGGCGCGGAGGUGUUUCGACCGCAGGCAUUCUACCUGCCCAGCAUCCGGGAGCCCGCAGAGAGGCGAUGGCCUUUGGCGCGAUGUGGUGCCAAGUGUUUUGCUUCUUGGGGUCGCGGGGAUCGGCAGGCCAAUCCUGCAGAAAGCAUGUCAAACAAGGGUGGGAGUUUUCUCCCCGCGGCACAAUUUUUGUACUCAGGAGCAUUCUCCAGUGGAAUUCGGCCAGGCACGGGGCCAUUUUCCAGAGUUCAUGGCCGCCAUCUCCAUUUUCAAAAGUUCCGAUCAAGAUCCUGUCCAGAGGACACUUUUUUCGCCGCUUUACCUGGCCCCUCCCCCGCCUAGAAUCUAUGGAUUUGGCGGCGCAAAAAAGUGGCCAAAAAAGUGUCCUCUGGACAGGAUCUUGAUCGGAACUUUAUCGGAUCUUGAACGGAACUUUUUAGGAACUUUUUUUUGGCCUCUGAAGCUUUCGCCAUACCGCCGUGAUUGGCGACUUUGAACAUUGUUUGAACCUUGGUCGGAUCCUUUGUUCGGGGUUCAAGAAGUGGCCUUUCUACCCUUGAAACGCGGGCUGUUUCUUUGAUUCAACAAAUUCAGCGGCUUCGUUUUUGAAUCAAAAAAAAAACUCGCUUUGAGGCUAGUGCGCCGUCUUUUGCUGGACCAUUUCCGACCUGGCCUUGUCCUCGGGCUCGGGUAUAUCUGGCCCAUGGAAGCGAGAUGGACCCUGCGGACGGGGGCAGUUCCGUCCAUUGCCGGGCCCCAGAUUGUUCCGCGUCGCGCCAGGGCUUUUACAACCGCGCGACCACUCGCUCGCCUUUGUUGGGCGUGGUUAUUUGUCACUCCCAGCAAGCUAGCGCCUGUGGCAACGCCCGCGGGGCGUCUGGCCCUUUCUCACAUCUACCAUACCUUCGUGUAACGCGCGUUACACGAGCGGUCUAUGCUUCCCUUUCGUCGCCAGGCUGUCCCUGGAAGCUACAGAGGGGCGGACGCUCCGAAUCUUUCCGACCCCUCCCCCUGGGGUGUCGGGGGUGAUCUUUUCAGGAUCUUCGUGGGUUCUCAGGGCGUCGUCUGUGGCCCGUCGUGCCGCCAGUAAGAUACGGUGCAGGUGGGACGCUGGUUGCAGGCUACGCACUGCGUGAGGCUGCUACCAAUCUGCUUCUGCAGGACGUCGAGCGCAUGUCGCCGGUCAUACGUUUGCACCGACCACUACUGGACCUCGAGGUAUGCAAUUUCCCCUCGGAUGAACAAGAGGACCACGACCAGGAAGAUGUAGCUGAAAUUGCUCACCAGUGCUGCAGCGCGCACACAUUCCCGCGACUGUGCAGCGUUUUGCACUAUUGCUUGGACCCAAGCAGUUCCCGCGUUGUGCCUGCUUUCGCAGCUCACUUGAAUAAACGUCAGCGCCUGAAGCAGUUUCUGUUCGCAGCGAGCACGUACGCUUUUCCCAUGUUGCGUCACAGAUACAAAGAGGCGCUCCGCCAACUUCGUCGCCUCCUUUGGGAGUGGUACCUGACGGAAGUUCUCGGCCGGGAUUUUUGUAAGGACAACCCGAUGCGCAUUGCUACCCUGCUUCUAGCGUCUUCCAGGCCUGGUGGCGGUGGCAGAAUGUCCUCCUCCUCGACGGAGGACCGCCCGAUCCAGCUGUUGGGAAACCUCGAAACACACAACCUCAAGGCCCAGUACCCUGACAAGCGCUACCGAUGGUAUUGGAAGAAAUGGGAAGCUCGAGCGGCAGCAAAGGAUGGGAAGGAAAGGACCAAGAACAAAACAGCGAACUGGAAUUCUUACUUUGCUGAUUGUGACAACGAAACGGAACUACGAACUGCUACUGCUCCUCUUCUUGGUGACGUGCCUGCUCCUGACAACUGUAGUGCGCCCUGCGAUCAGUCAUUUAUUUGCUCUUUCGGCUGGUGCAGGCUCAGGCGGACGGGGCUCGUCCUGUUCGUACAAUCACUACCUCAAGCGUAAUUAAAACAUGGUCCGCAACAGAAUACCGGCGCAGCUGGGUUCUUUCUUGCUAGAUUUACAUUUACUGAAUUUGCAGGAGCAGGCAGGAAACACUGAGGACUUUUUGGAUCGAUCACGCUGCGCUCCGACGACGCCAGAAGUGGGUUGCGACAGGGACGAUAUUCGUGGCUUGAAGUUUGUUAUCCAGGAAGAGCGACCGUCCCGCGUCUGGUGGUUGCUUAGGCCGCUCGUUUGCGGGCAAGGUCGCGCGUUCAAGAAUCGUCUGGAACACGUCAACACCACAGUUGCGCGCGACUGCCAAAUUGUGUAUUUGUGA